AUGGACUGGUCCAAGACUGUCUUUCGUUUGCGCGCAUUGCCAGACACCGUGGAAACCAAAGAAGAUGCCGCUCGUCUGCUUAGUAAACGGCUCAGCGAUAUCUCUACGCAUCAAAUCUGGGUGUAUUCCCUCGCGCUGACUCUGAAUUAUUGGGAGGAUCCUCCCACUAAAGUGGCAACUGUUAUGUUCGAUGUUCCCCCUUCGCUUGUUCAACGCAAUCCAGAAAGCCGGGAGUGGCAUAUUUCCGCCAGGGGCCAUGAUCGUAAUAGCCCAGAUCUCAUAUUAGAUACCCACUUUAUAGGUCUGACACCCUUGAAUGAUACAAACCACUUGCAAAACUCGUACGAUUGCAUCGCUAUCUCAGGUCUAGCAAGCCACCCUUUCGGAUCCUGGCAGCGCAAGGGAAGUAACAAACGCUUCAUGUGGAUUCGUGAUAAUCUACCCAAGUCUGUGCGAGGAAUCCGAGCCAUACUUUACGGGUAUGACACUGAGCUUGACAGCAGCAGCUCAUUCCAGACCAUCAACGAUCUCGCCAAGCAGCUCAUCGAUCAACUCCAAGCCCACCGGGUCCCAGAGUCGGUAACGCCGCUGGUAUUUCUCGCCCAUAGUCUGGGAGGACUGGUCGUUAAGCAAGCUCUACGAGACCUGGCCGAAAAUUACCCGGGCAAUGAACAUCAGGCCCUCUUGAGUGCUGUACGCGGAGCAGUCUUCUUCGGCGUCCCAAAUUUGGGCAUGGAGCAUAGGGAAUUGGAAGCCAUUGUCCAUGGCAAACCUAAUGGGGUCCUUAUUCGAGAUUUAUCUACAACAUCCAACUUCAUCCACCAACUCACAGAGGCGUUCUCCACCAAUCACUUUCACGAACGAUUCAAGUUUUUUUGGGCGUAUGAAACAAGUGUGUCGCCCACAGUUGUUAGGAAAGCAGACAAUCGAGUAACCAGAGAUGGGCCUACGGCCAUUCUGGUGAACAAAGAUUCAGCAACAUGCGGAUUCAUUAACACUAGAUCUGCAAUAACGUUUGCAAUCAAUGAGUCACAUUCCGAUAUGGUGAAGUUUGAUCAAGGUUCUCAAUAUUACUCAACUGUGCGCUCAAAGUUAUUGCAAAUUCUAAACCCCGAUCCUCAGCCACAAGAUGGCAUUGACUGUGAUGCACAGAGUAGCAGCGUGCCACACACUGUCCCUGAUGAUGUGAUGCAGCCUUUCUACCAGAUUUAUCCAGAAGAUAGUGCGAAAUCAGCAGCUGAGAGCCUUCUGCUGCAGCCGCCACCACGCAGCAUACUUGUAAAGACUUUGGUUGGUACAACCUUGGAUGUCCUUCAGCAUACAAUCGGUGGAAUACAAAUGCAACAGGAACUCUCCAGAGACAUGAAGUACAUGGGACGACUAGAACCGUUUUUGGUAUCGAUGGAACAGUUUGGCCAGCUGGCGGAAGAUAUCAGACUAUUCUCCAAUAACUCUGAUAGCAUUGCGUACGUAUGGGUAAGGUGGAUUAGAAUGUUUACAAUAUGUAUCGGUUCAAUGAAGUAUAUCCUUGAGACAACAUGCGAGCAUUCAAAAGCAUUCGAUUCCAUCUUGAAUGCAUACCAGUCAAUUGGAGAUCAGAUGCCUCGACUUCGCCCGUACCAGGCUCUUUUUAUUGAGUCUCCUCACUUGAGAGAUGCUCUAGUAAUGAUCUACAAGGAUGUUCUUCUGUUCCACUCUGAAGCAAUCCGGCACUUAAAACAUCGGCAAUGGGAUCAGCUGUUCCAUGCCUGGAUGAGAGUCUUUACUAUCAAUAUCGACGAUAUUGCGGAGAGGGUUGCGCGAAACAAACGGCUUAUUGAGAAUAGAGUCUCUCUUAUGGAGUUUGAGGCAAUCAGAAAAGAUGAUUUGAUAUCUGCACGUGCCUUUGAACGUGAGAAGGAGGCUAUGGCGAAGGUUCACAGAGAUACGGUCGAGCACUGGCUUUCCGCAAUCGACAUCAAAGCAGAACACCGCGUUCAUCAAGCCAAGAGACGAGUUUGUCAAAAUCCCGGGAAAUGGCUACUGAAUAGCCCCGAAUUAAAGACAUGGUCAAGCAGUGACGAUCAUUUAAACCCACUACUUUGGCUCAGCGGGAUCCCGGGAGCAGGCAAGACCGUUCUCGCUUCUAUCGUGAUUGACGAGCUUUCCAGACUUCCGGGAGCAACUGUUGCGUAUUUCUAUUGCAAGCAUGGCGAUGAGAGACGUAACUCCGUUGAUAGUGUUACGAGGUCGAUCUUGGCACAGGUCCUUGACCAGAACCCUGAUCUACUGCCAUAUUAUUACGAAAAAGCUCACAUGAAUGCCUCAUUGACGUCAUUCACAGUCUCUGAGCAACUGUUAUGCACGUCUCUCAGGAGUUGUAGGAGGGUCUAUAUCGUACUUGAUGGCUUAGACGAAUGCGGGCGCGCUGCCAGGAAGAAUAUCGUCAAUCUGUUUCGUCAAAUGGUUGAACAAACGGUGAUAGAUGCGGGCUCCAUCCGGUGUCUGUUUGUCAGCCAGGAAGACGGUGCGGCUGCGGAAGAUUUUGAGAGCAUCGAAUGCAUCAAGAUCGGACAGCGCAAUUUUGAAGAUAUUUCGGCUUUUGCCCGCGUAUGGCAGCAGACUAUAGUCACCAAGUUUGGGGGAAACAAUCGACUCCUGCAUAUUCAAGAGAUCAUAACGAAACGGGCUAAGGGGAUGUUUAUCUUCGCCGAACUAUUCGCGAAAUAUCUCGAGGAGCGUCUGAGUCUUGAAGACCUCGAAGAACAACUUCGUCCCGACAAUCUGCCGGUGGAGUUGGAUGAUCUCUAUGAGCGGAUUCUUAGUCGCAUCCAAGAAGUGAGAGACGUUGAAACUAUGAAGCGCAUCAAGGAAAUGCUAGGUUGGAUUGUCUGUGCUCGUCGGCCACUACGAUGGGAAGAGAUACAGACCACAGCCUGUAUCAGCCCUACGCAUGGGAAUUUUGAUGUUCGCAGACGACUAGUCGAUUCGCCAAACGAACUAUUCGCCUCUCUUAUCGAGUACCAUCUUGAUGGCACAGUUGAUCUUGUUCAUGGUACUGCACGGAAGUAUUUGACGAAAGGAGGGUUGGAGAAAGGCCUCAGAAAAGAGCCGGUGGUAAGAGUCCACCAGGCCCAUUAUUCGCUAGCAGUGCGCUGUCUCACGUACCUCUCGUUCCCUCAGUUCGAUCUCAAUCGAGCUGAACAUGAUGUCAAGUCGGAUAUGCUUGACGGGUUUCAUCAGCUGUAUGACUAUGCGUCUGCUUGCUGGGUUAUGCACCUGGAGGGUGGGAUUUUGGGUCUUGAAGUGGGCGACCUCACUCGUCUAUGCGAGGCACUGAAAGGAGUAGUUGAUAUGCACUGGUCCGAGUCACACAAGCCCAUUCAACAUAUCGAAAGAGUGCGCACACUCUUAUCACCUUUCAACGAGAUUGAAACUACGAAAAUGAAGGAUCACAACCGACUAGUUCAAACGGUCGCUUGGGCCAGGAAGCAGGCUGGCCAGUCUGGAAUAGGCCCCUGUGAUGAGGAGGCGCUCGCUCUGUGGAAGGUUACAGCCAAAAUCAGAUCCGUGUUGGAAGGUAUUGAUACUAAGGGUGACGAAUUCAAGACUAUCAAACGUCUCUACGGCGUGAAUCGGUUCAAGUGCCCUCGAGUCAACUGUUACUACUAUCAUCACGGCUUCCGCUUUCUUGACCAGCGGAACCGACAUACGAAAAAGCACACCCGACCGUACCUCUGCGUUGUCGCGGGCUGUCCGAUGGAGGUCUUUGGUUACGCGCUGGAAAAAGAAUUACAAAAGCAUCUGUUUGACGUGCAUCACAUCAACGAUGCCAGUGAUGGAGAUGAGCCAGACUUUCCUAAGCCUAUAAGAGAGAAAAUAUCCAAGUCCGGAGGAGUUGAGGGAAAGUUCAGAUGUGCCGACUGUGAUAAGACUUUUACCCAAAAAAAGAGUCUGAAUCGACAUCAGAGAAGUCAUGCUAGUGAGAAGUCUUUUCUUUGUACCACUUGUGGCAAACCCUUCACACGAAAAGAAGACUGCGAGCGCCAUCAGGGUGUACAUAAUAGCGAUAAGCAAAAGUACGUCUGUGCCGGAACUCUCAAGGAUGGGACAAAGUGGGGGUGCAAUAGGACAUUCGCCAGAAAAGACCAUUUCAGGAAUCAUUUCCGGCCAGAAAAGAAAAACAAGUGCAUCUUGCCUUGGCUGCGGGAGAAACAAGCAGCUGGUGAUGUCUAUGGAAAUUAUCUGGAUGACAACGUGUUUGCCGAUCAAAAGGGGGCCAAUGCCGAGGUCCUGCUCACGGCCGGGCGAACCUUACCCCCUUUCCGGGUCUUUUUGGAGAAAUGCGGUCUUUGA